AUGGCUUCAAUGAUCUCCCUCCUCUCGCUCCACUCCCUGCUAGUUCUCGUCCUUGUCCAGUCCACACACUCAGCCAUCAUCCCAGAGCCCAAGAACUCCAUUGCCGAGCCCAAGCCUGAUCGUCCUUGGAGCUCGGACCACACCUACAUCGUCCAAACCAACCACCUGGCCAAGCCAUCCAAGUUCGCCACCCUCGAGCGUUGGUACGCGUCCAUGGUGGACACCUACUCACCUCGUGCCACCACCGCCACGGACCGCAUCCUGUACACCUACGGCACCGUCAUGCAUGGUUUCACCGUCAGACUCACCGACGGCGAGGCCCGGCGCAUGUCGACCGUCCCCGGCGUGACCCACGUGUACAAGGACAGGGUGUACCACACCCAGACCACGAGGUCUCCCUGGUUCAUGGGCCUCCACGACGACUUCGGCGCCUGGCCGGACUCGGAGUUCGGCGACGGCAUCAUCAUCGGCUUCAUCGACACCGGCAUCUGGCCGGAACGCGCCAGCUUCAACGACACCGGACUCGGCCCCGUUCGUUCCACAUGGAGGGGCAACUGCGUCGACGCCGCGGGUUUCAACGCCACCUUAUCCUGCAACAACAAGCUGGUCGGCGCCAAGUCCUUCACCACCAACAUGCCGGACCUGGAGGGCUACAACGACCCGAGCCCGAGGGACAUCGAAGGGCAUGGCACGCACGUGUCAUCGACGGCCGCCGGCGCGGAGGUUCCCUGGGCCGAUCUGUACGGCUUCUCGGGCGGGAGGGCGAGCGGCGUGGCGCGCAAUGCGAGGAUCGCCAUGUACAAGGCGUGCGUCCCGGACCCGCUUGUAGGAUGCCCCGACUCGGCAGUCACGGCGGCGAUCGACGCCGCGGUGAGCGACGGCGUGGACCUCAUCUCCCUCUCCCUCGGCGGCCGUCCUGACGACCCCUUCUACAACGACCCCCUCGCCGUCGCCACAUUCGGCGCAGUUCGCAGGGGCGUGUUUGUCGUCCUCGCCGGUGGCAACAGCGGUCCCGGGGCGUCUUCCGUGUCCAACGUCGCGCCAUGGAUGACCACCGUCGGCGCCACCACCACGGACCGCGUGUUCCCGGCGACACUCAGGCUCGGCAAUGGUGUGGAGCUGACGGGCCAGUCCCUGUACACAUUGAAGUCCAAGGGCACGAGCAUGCUCCAGCUCGUGUACAGCUCCUGCAGCGAGGAUGACCUGACGCUCGACAAGGUCAUGGGCAAGGUGGUGGUGUGCACGCGGAUGGCAGGACCCGGGACCGGCUUCUACGUGGAGAAAGCCGGCGGAGCAGGGAUGGUGUCCCCGGACGGGACGAACCGGUUCGGGGAUGCCGUCUUGGCCCUUACCUUCACGCUCCCCGGCGUCAUGAUCAGCCAUACUGCCGAAAAGAAGCUGAACGACUACAUGGCGUCGUCGCCGUACCCGGUGGCGUCGUUCGCCUUCGCCUGCGAGACGGUGACCGGCGAGAACCGGGCGCCGAUGGUGGCCGGGUUCUCUUCGCGGGGCCCCAGCGUGUUGGCCCCUGAGAUCCUGAAGCCGGACCUCGUCGCGCCGGGCGUGAACAUCCUGGCGGCCUGGUCGGGCGACGCGCCGCCGUCGAGCUGGGACAAUGACACGCGGAGAGUCGAGUUCAACAUCCUCUCCGGGACGUCCAUGGCGUGCCCGCAUGUCGCCGGCGCGGCGGCGCUGAUCAAGAAGGUGCACGGCGACUGGACGCCGGCGAUGGUGCGGUCGGCGCUGAUGACGACCGCGGGCCCGCUCGACAAGAACGGCAGGGACAUGGUCGACAGCGGCACCGUCUUGGGCGGCGCCGCGAUGGACGCGACGCCGCUGGCGGCCGGGGCGGGGCUCGUCCUUCCGCGGCUCGCCAUGGACCCGGGCCUGGUGUACGACGCUGGCACGCAGGACUACGUGGACUUCCUCUGCACCCUCAACUACACGGCGAAGCAGAUGCGGCAGUUCGCGCCGGAGAUGAGCACCGGGUGCGGCGCGAGGUCGAGGAUCCCCGGGGGCGUGGCCAACGUCAACUACCCGUCUUUCGUGGUGGUGUUCCGCAGCAGCAGCGCCGACGGAGGCGUCCGCACGCUGACGAGGACGGUGACCAAGGUGUCGGCGAAGCCGGAGACGUACAACGUGACGUUCGCGGCGCCGGAGGGCGUGGCGGUUACCGUGACGCCGACGACGCUGGAGUUCAUCAGGAAGAACGAGAAGCGGAGCUACACGGUGGAGUUCAGCGUCCAGGCGCAAGGAAAGGUGAGGCCGGCCGGGACAUGGGACUUCGGCCACAUUUCCUGGGAGAACAGGAAGCACCGGGUGAGGAGCCCCGUUGCCUUCAACUGGCAGAUCUGA